AUGGCUGACAUAAGUAAAUCGCUUGAUGACAAUGUUGUCAUUUCACGUCGUACGUUGAACACAUUUGGUGGCGUGUUUUGCUCUGUAACGUUAUCCCAGUUCAGUAGCGUGAUAUUUCUACGUUUAGGGUUUAUUAUUGCUCAUGCUGGUUUGCUGGAAAGUGUAUUACAACUAUUACUAUCCUAUUUCAUCCUGUUGCUGACUGUAUUUUCUAUAUGCGCAAUUAGUACAAAUGGGGCAGUUGAAGGAGGAGGUGUAUAUUUCAUGCUUAGUAGGACUUUAGGCCCUGAAUUCGGUGGAGCUAUUGGAUCGAUAUUUUUCCUCGCACAAGUUUGUAGUGCUGCUUUGUAUAUAGCGGGAUUAGUGGAAGCUGUGCUCAUAAAUUUCGGUCCUGGAGGUAUUUUAUUCGAUGGGGUACUACCUGGUGAAAAUCACUGGUGGAGUUACCUGUAUGCCAUAGUUAUUCUUGCACUUUGUAUGUCUAUCCUAUUAAUUGGUAGUCAAAUGUUUGCUCGUGCUCUGUACUUCAUUCUUGCAGUUGUGGUUAUUGUUAUUAUCUGCGUAUUUGCUAGUUUCUUUCUACAACCCAAAUUGAUACCUUUGCCAAGAUCUAAUUCGCUUAUUUAUAAUUCAUCAACAUCAAAUAAUAUAACUAUAUUUGCCGAGUUUACUGGCUUAAAUGGGAAUACAUUCAAAGAAAAUAUUUAUCCUAUGUAUUCAAUUGAUUAUACCACUGGUUCAUUGACGUCUUUCGUCAUUGUUUUCUCCGUAUUAUUUUCUGGUGUAACUGGGAUAAUGAACGGUGCAAAUGUAUCUGGUGAAUUAAAGAAUCCUUCUCGUUCAAUCCCUUUGGGAACUCUAUCUGCUUUACUUUGUACAUUGUUGACUUAUCUCGUUAUGAUGAUAUUCUCAGCUUCUUCUAACAGCCGAUGUCUGUUAUUAAAUAACAAUAUAUUUAUGCAAUCAAUUAGUUUUUGGCAACCAAUCGUUGUAAUAGGUGUUUUUGCCACUACAUUAUCAGCAGCUUUAGGCAAUCUUAUUGGAGCUUCACGUAUAUUGGAGGCGAUAGCUCGUGAUGAAUUAUUUGGUCGACUUCUCCAUCCAGCAAAAUGGACCACAAAACGUGGAAAUCCGAUAGUGGCAGUCCUUUCUGCUGGGUUUCUUUGUUUGUUAAUUUUACUGAUUGGUAGAUUAAAUGCUAUCGCUCCACUUGUAUCUGUUCUAUUUUUACUGGCUUAUGCUUCGGUGAAUUUGGCCUGUGCUGGUUUAGAUGCUGCCUCACCACCAAAUUUCAGACCAACAUUUCGUUAUUUUAACUGGAUCACUUCAAUUUUGGGAAUGAUUGGUUGUUUCAUUAUGUGUUUAUUAAUUCAACCAAUUUAUACGGUAGUCGCAAUUAUUGUUUUAGGUCUACUUGUAUUUUCAUUAUAUCAGCGGCAUUUAGAAUCGUCAUGGGGUAAUAUUGGACAAGCGCUUCUGUUUCAUCAAAUCCGUAAAUAUUUAUUAUUGUUGGAUUCCCGUAAAGAUCAUGUUAAAUACUGGAGACUCCAAUUACUAUUACUUGUUGCAAAUCCACGUUCGUCAGCCUCACUCGUUCAAUUUAUGAAUAGUUUGAAAAAAGGUGGUCUUUAUGUAGUUGGUCAUGCAAUUUGUGGUGAUCCAGAUGAGUUCGUUGACCAAUCGGACCCAUGUCUAAAUCAGCGUUGGUAUUGGACACAAUAUGUGAAAUAUUUGAAAACUAAAGCAUUUGUAUAA